UGUAUUUGUYUUAUUUAAAUCAAGUGGAAGAGAAGAUUUUAGUUUUUUCGAUGAGAACUGGAACAGUAUGAGAAAUCUUUAGAUGUAAUAACCGUAUUAUCCAGAAGRUGGCGGUAAGGCCACCUUAUGAAUGCCGAUAGUCAAAACAUCCCAAAGAAGAAGAAUCGGAAGAGGAGGAAUAAGAACGAUAAAAUGGCGCCUGGUGUGUUUUGUUGAAUAUUCGAGAUUUUUACUGAAUGAGUUUCUCAGCAAGCGGUUAAUCCUGCUGAAGAAACUUUCACAAAGUUUAAAUAAAUCAUCGUCAAGUCGGAGGAAGAGAUGGAUGAUCAGCACAGACUGCUGGAUUUCUCCCGGACUCCUCAGAUAAUCUUACAUCGAAUAGAUUACCUGCUACAUAACGUUAAGGAGGAGCCAUGGAACCAGGAAAGGAGAUCCACUCUGGACCAGGAAGAGUUAGAACCUCUGCAGGUGAAUCAACAACAGGAAGAACCAGAAGAUCAGCARAUGAAAGAAGAGCAGGAAGAUCUAAAACACCAGCAGAUAAAAGUGGAAGAGAAAGAAGUUUACUGCAGUCAGGGUGAAGAACAGGUUGAGUUAAAACAGGAGACUGAUACCUGCAUGGUGGUUCCUGUUGAUGAACAAACAUCCCACACUGAAUCAGAAACAAACAGGAACCAAGUCAUCUUCCAGGAAGCUGCUGGAGCUGAGGACCAAAAUCAGGAAAGAAGAAAACCUUUCUCAUGUGUGACCUGUGGAAAAAGUUUUAGUCUAAAACAGGAUUUAACUCGACACAUGAGGAUUCACACUGGUGAAAAGCCAUUUUCAUGUGUGACCUGUGGAAAAAAUUUUAGUCUAAAACGGAAUUUAACUCGGCACAUAAUGAUUCACACGGGUGAAAAGCCGUUUUCGUGUGUGAAGUGUGGAAAAAGUUUUAGUCAAAAACAGAAUUUAACUAAGCACAUGAGGAUUCACACUAGUGAAAAACCGUUUUCAUGUCUGAACUGUGGAAAAUGUUUUCGUCACAAAUUUUGUUUAACUCAGCACAUGAUGAUACACACCAGUGAAAAGCUGUUUUCAUGUGUGAACUGUGGAAAAACUUUUAGUCAAAAACCGAAUUUAACACAGCACAUGACAAUUCACACUGGUGAAAUGCCGUUUUUAUGCGUGAAUUGUGGAAAACGUUUUCGGCACAAAGUUAGUUUAACUCUGCACAUGAGGAUUCACACUGGUGAAAAGCCAUUUUCUUGUGUGGACUGCGGGAAAAGUUUUAGUCAAAAACAGAAUUUAACUCUGCACAUGAGGAUUCACACUGGUGAAAAGCCAUUUUCAUGUGGGAACUGUGGGAAAAGUUUUAGUCUAAGACAGCAUUUAACUGAACACGUGAUGAUUCACACGGGUGAAAAGCCAUUUUCAUGUGUGAGCUGUGGAAAAAGUUUUAGUAGAAAACGGAAUUUAACUCAACACAUGAGGAUUCACACUGGUGAAAAACCGUUUUCAUGUGUGAACUGUAGAAAAAGUUUUAGUCACAAAGUUAGUUUAACUCACCACAUGAGGCGUCACAGAGGUGAAAAGCUGUAGAAGUAUUUUCCACACAUGUCCUAUGCUGAGGUUCACUAUAGAAUUGAUAUUGGUUAAAAACUAGAAUCAAAGACUGGAAGGGUUUCAUGUUUAUAAAGCUGAAAGUUGUUGUAUUUGUUAAAUGUGGUCAUUUGGAUCUUCACAUUUUUAUACUUAGAGAUGUGCAAUAAUGACACAUUUUCCUUCAGAGAUGCUUUGUUUUUUCUGGCAUAUUCUGUAUCAAAAACAAUAAUGAUAAACUGCAUGUUAUUAAAUGAACAUUCUGUUUGUGUCAAACUGUAUGUUGUGUGUAAAAAGUGAAGAGCAGAGGGCUCAGCACACAGCCCUGAGGAGAGCCAGGACUGAUGCUGACUAUUUCAUGCAUGAACAAAGUCUGACCGGAYCUGGACUCCCUUCCAGAACAUUCUCACAAGAUUGGACUUGAGGGAUUGAUUUGUAUUAUUAUGUACAAUAGAGUUUGUGGGGUUUAUUAUUGUAGUCUUUAAAAUCAAAAAUAGAAUGUACUACAAUGGUUGAGUGUUUUCAAAAAAUCUGCAAAAAAAAUAUUUGUGAUAGUUUUGCCUAGUAAAAUGAGAUUGAAAGUUUAAUUUCUUACAAAUUAUAUUAACCAGUUUUACUCUACCUAAUUAAAAUAUUUUCAAAUGAAAUAAAAUACAUUUGUACUUUAAAGAAAAUGCCAGAUUCACCACAAACUAAUUGUCAUGCAUUGAUUGCACAAAGUACUUGUGGUUGUUUUCAGUUAUUUGCUUUUUUCUCUAGUUUUAGCAGUAAUAUUUUGCUCUUUUCUGCUGCAGCUGUUAGAUUACUGUAUUUUUAUGUUAAAACUAUUUGUAUGUGCAUUUAUAUAUGUAUUUUAGAAAGAAAUUGUGUAAAAUUUCAUGUAAGAAUAAAGGUUUUGAGUUUUCCUUUA